UUUUCCAUCGCGGGUUUUAUUUCAACGAAGGCAACGUGACCGAACGGACGCGCGAGCGCAUCGAGUGCGCGUGUUUUUUUUUACGCUACGCAGCUCAUUCGCAUGAGCCCCACGUCAUAAAGUUACCGCGUGUGUGUUUUUUUUUGGCUUUUACCAUCAUUUCUUCGCCUUUCUAUUGUUUAUAGUUUGCGUGUGUGCGCCUCUGUGCCCGGUGUUCGGUGUUUGUGCGCGUGUAUAUUGGCCGCCGCGAAGAAGUCACCUCCGAGAAGAGUGAUUGAGCUGACCGAUCAUUGAGCGCUGUGUGCGCACAUGAAUUGCACUACAGCGUAGUGCUGCUGCACCAGGGGCUUGAAGGAGGAAAAGCAAAGAAACACACAACACCUCCUGCCUCCUUCUGUGUGUGUGUGUGUGUGUGUGAGGGGUUGGAAGUACCUUUCGGGUGUGCUUCCGAACUGUUUUCCCUCCGUGAUCGUGCGUGAUCUUCGUUUGCCGCAGAUUGCCGUAUCUUUCAGCGUUUUUUUGGGUCGCACGCGAACCGCAACAAUACGAUCUCGAGCCCCCCGUCUGUGUGUUUGUCAAACUGUGUGCGAACCCUAAGUUCAUCAGUCGAAUGCUGUGGCUUUGGUACAAGACGACGCCAGAAGCGUAUUAAUUUGCCCGAUUUCUAUCACCAAAGAUCGUUGCACUUGUGAGUGUCGUUCCCAUGCCACAGGUCGUUACCGUGCUACGACGUGCCAACGUGCUGAUGGGUGGUGCUUAAUGGUGGAAAAAUAGCAAUCUCUAGCAGUCGCAAAAUACGUCCAAUUUUCACGACAGUGCAAUUGUUGUCGUCCCAAAGCCACCUGCCCGGGCCGUUGUGGGCCGCCGCUACAUCCGUGUGUGGCGUUUCGCAGGGGAAGAAGAAAGUUUCCAGCAGUUGAUAAGAAAGCACUACCCACAAACAGUGCCCAAUCGAGCACCUCUCGCGGUGGUAAAUUUUCGGUGUGCAGCGAGUGUGUGCGUACGUUUGGCUGCCGAUAAGUAGCGUUUCAUGUCGUAUAGACCGCGGCCCUCCGCGGGUUGUUUGUGGCGCACGGUGCCGCUCGCUGAGUGCGAAAACGUUUGUGUGUGAAGCACGGGGGGAGGGAGGUUGUCGAUUUUCCCUUCCGAGACGAAACGCCGGCACCGCGUCGGGGUUAAGACGAAAGUGGCAAAAAAGGAAAACCCAAAGCGAAAAUUAAAGCGUAACACGCCGAGGUCUAGGUCUUGCCCUUUUUACGCCCUCGAAGUCGAAGCGAGCACGACGUGACCUUUCAUUCUACCGUUCGUCCCCACGUUGAAGGACGAACCUGGUUCAGAAGAAUAAGAAUAAGAAGAAGUGUGUGUGGUGUUUUGUCACACCAGGUUGAAGUGGUGCAGUAGUGCGCGCGAUAAACAAACAGUGUUUGUGCUUGCUGCUGCUUCCCCCUAGAGGUGUUGUUGUGUGUGUGUGUGUGCCGCCACGUGUACCAAUAUCAUCCUGCAGCUUCCGGUGGCAUCGCUAUCCGAUGGUGGAUAGCGCAAGGUACAACCGUACGCACGGGGGCCAACGAUUCUCGUUUGCGCACUAAUCGUGUAUGAGAGAGUGAAGCAAAUUGGAAGAAAGUGUUGUUUGGUUGGGUUGUUAAGGGCAAACGAUACUUUAGACUGUGUGUGGUGAGUGGAGUGAACAAUAUUUUAUUUCUUUUGUUAUGCUGCAUCAGCGUUUGAUGGCACGUCCGUGUGCUGUCGCCGAGCCCUGGUAGCAUGGGUCGCUGGAGUGCAGCAGCGAGAACUGACAUCGGAGUGACCUUGUACGGGGGAGCAAUCUACGGCCGGGCAGCUGACAGCAGUGGGAGGAGGAGUCGUUGAAGAGUGUCAAAAGGUGACAGCGUAAACAGUGUUUUUGGCGUCUAGUACGUCAACGACGUGUAACGGAGUAACAAUUUUAAAGGAAUAUGGCAUACAAUGGACUGUCGCAGCAUGUGGACUUCAGCAGGCUGCCGAACCCGAGCGAGCGGUUCGAGCUGCUGGACCUGAUCGGCGAGGGCACGUACGGCGAGGUCUACAGCGCGAAGGACAAACACACCGGGCGCAAGUAUGCGGUCAAGAUAUUGGAGAGCAUUGCCGAUAAUAUCGAGGAGAUCGAGGAGGAGUAUCUGGUGCUGCGCGAUCUCUCCAAGCAUCCCAACAUUCCCGACUUUGCCGGGCUGUUCCUGAAGCGCGGCACCACCGUCGAGGAUGACCAGCUGUGGUUCGUGCUGGAGCUAUGCACCGGCGGCUCCGUCACGGAUCUGGUUCAAGGUCUGCGCAGCCGGGGUGCACGGCUGUCGAACAACCAGAUCGCAUACAUACUGCGGGAGACGGUGCAGGCGCUGGUCUUCCUGCACGAGAACCACUGCAUGCAUCGGGACAUCAAGGGCCACAACAUACUGCUGACGGAGACGGGGCACGUGAAGCUGGUCGACUUUGGCGUGAGCUCGCAUCUGGCCGCGACGAUGGCGCGGCGAAACACGAGCGUCGGCACACCGUACUGGAUGGCGCCGGAGGUGAUCGCUUGCGAGCAGCAGCUGGAUCAAUCGUACGACUCGCGGUGCGACGUGUGGUCGGUGGGCAUUACGGCGAUCGAGCUGGCGGAGGGAGAUCCACCGCUGUGCGAGCUGCACCCGAUGCGGGCGCUGUUUCAGAUCCCACGCAAUCCACCCCCGAAGCUGUCCCAUCCGGAGCAGUACUCGUCGAUGCUGUCCGACUUCAUAUCGGAGUGUCUGGUGAAGGAUCUCGAGCAGCGUCCGUUUUCGAAGGAGUUGGUCACGCACCCGUUUCUGAAGAGCGUCGGUCCGUAUGUGGACCAGAUACGGCAGGAGCUGCGGGCGGAGAUAGCGCGCCAGCGCGAGGAUGGUCGAGCGCCGAGCCAAGCGAUCGCCACCACCAAGUACGGGAAGUUGAAGUCGGACCGCAAAUCGAAACCGCAGAAGAUGUACAUGGACGAUCUGGCGGCGCUGGACGUGCUGACGGAGGAUGCGAUCGUUGAGCAGCUGCAGAAGCGCUACGAAACGAACCAGAUCUACACGUACAUAGGCGACAUACUGAUCGCGGUCAAUCCGUUCAGCCAGGUCGGGCUCUACACGACGCAGCAUCAGCGCAAGUACACCGGGCAGGCACGGUCGGACAAUCCGCCGCACAUCUUUGCGAUCGCCGAUGCCGCCCAUCAGGCGCUGGUGCACCAGCGCCAGAACCAAGCGAUCGUGAUAUCGGGCGAGAGCGGGUCGGGCAAGACGGAGAGCGCCAACCUGCUGCUGAAGCAGCUCGUGUACCUGGGCAAAGCGGUGACGAAGAACCUGGAGGAGCGCAUUCUGCAGGUCAAUCCCAUCAUGGAAGCGUUCGGCAAUGCGCGGACGGGCAUUAACGCGAACAGCUCCCGGUUUGGGAAGUAUCUGGAGCUUACGAUGGCCCGCAGUGGCAAGGUGAAUGGGGCACGCAUCUUCGUCUACCUGCUGGAGCAGAGCCGGGUGGUGAAGCAGGCCGAGGGUGAGGGUAACUUCCACGUGUUUUACUACAUGUACGAUGGGCUGCAGGCGGAGGGUCGGCUGGAGGAGUACUAUCUGCACCCUUCGUACCGGAAGACGCACCGAUAUCUGCAGGAGACGGCCACGCUGCCGAAAACGAACGUGGACCGGUGGAAGCAGCUGCUGGCGAGCUUCCGCGUGCUCGGCUUUAAGGACGACGAGGUCGACAUGGUGAACCGGGUGCUGGCCGCCAUCCUGAACCUCGGCGACAUUGAGUUCGGCGAGAUGGACUCGAACGACAACACGGACAGCCGGGCCCGGGUGAUCGAUGUGGCGCCGAUGCAUCGCGUCUCGAAGCUGCUGGGCGUCGAUUCGGCCGACCUGCUGGAGGCGCUGUCCUCCAACUCGGUCGUGACGCGCGGUGAAACGAUCACGCGCCACAACAAUGUGGCGGAAGCCUGCACGGCCCGGGACGCGAUGGCGAAGGGCUUGUACGGGCGAUUGUUCGAUUGGAUGGUCAAUCAGAUCAAUCUGCUGCUGGUGCACAAUAGAAAUAGUAACAGCUCGGAACAGUUGGCGGUUGGAUUGUUGGAUAUUUUUGGGUUCGAAAACUUCAGCAAAAACUCCUUCGAGCAGCUGUGCAUCAAUAUCGCCAACGAGCAGAUACAGUACUACUUCAACCAGCACAUCUUCACGUGGGAGCAACAGGAGUACAUGGCGGAGGGUAUACCGGUCGAUUUGGUCGAGUUUGCCGACAACCGUCCCGUGCUGGAUAUGCUGCUGAGCCGCCCGCUGGGACUGCUGGCACUGCUGGACGAGGAAUCACGCUUUCCGCGCUCAACGGAUCGUUCAUUGAUUGAAAAAUUCCACAACAACGUGAAAUCCAAGUUCUACCAGCGGCCAAAGUCGGAUGCGGUCUGCUUCGCCAUCCACCACUUUGCCGGCCGGGUGGUGUACCAGGCGGACGGGUUUCUGGAGAAGAAUCGCAACUUCCUGCCGGCGGAAAUCAUACAGCUGAUCCGCCAAAGCCAGUACGACAUGAUACGGUUCCUGUUCCAGUGUCCGAUCACGAAGACGGGCAACCUGUACUCGGCCAUCCAGGAUACGGGCUCGCGCCAGAACGUGCCGAGCUUCAUCAAGGUGGACACGAAGGAGAAGUUUAACUCGCGCGGGCUGGCGUCGCAGUCGCGGGCCCAGCAAACGGUGGCGACGUACUUCCGCUACUCGCUGAUGGAUUUGCUGCAGAAGAUGGUGACGGGGACGCCCCAGUUCAUACGCUGCAUCAAGCCGAACGAGCUGAAGGCGGCCAAAUCGUUCGACGCGGCAAAGGUGUUGAAGCAGCUGCGGUAUACCGGGGUGCUGGAGACGAUCCGGAUCCGGCAGCAUGGGUUCAGCCAUCGGUUUACCUUUGCUGACUUCCUGAGAAAGUACUGCUUUUUGGCGUACAGUUUUGAAGAACGUGUCGUAUCGAACCGAGAAUCCUGUCGCUUGCUUUUGGUGCGCUUAAAGAUGGACGGAUGGGCACUAGGAAAGUCCAAGGUGUUCCUCAAGUACUAUCACGUCGAGUACCUUUCGAAGCUGUACGAGGAACAUGUCCGUAAGAUUGUGCUGGUGCAGGCCUGUGUAAGGCGCUGGCUGGCGAAGGCACUGUACAAGCGCGAGAAGCAGCGCGUCGCGCUGAGUGCCGUCACGCUGCAGAAGCACGUGCGCGGCUGGCUAACGCGCCGCCGCAUGCGCAUACUGAAGGAAAAGCAGGAGCGAGAGCGCUUGGAGCAGGAGCGGUUGGAAAAGGAGCGGCUGGCCAAGGAACGGUUGGCAAAGGAGAAAAAGAACAACGAGCAAAACAAAGUAAAGCAGGCGCUGGCAAAGGCGAAGCUCAUACACCAGCUCUCGAGCAACCAGCUGGAGGCGAAACACAACCACCACCACGAGAAGCGCGCCAUGGACAUGAACAACAAGGAAAACGAGCGGGCCGCCAUCGUCAUCCAGAGCUACUACCGCGGGUACACCAUCCGGAAGAUGCGCAUGACGCCGGAAAUCGAGGCGAAGACGAAGUACAUCCUCGGCAUCGCGAAGAACCGCGUCGAGGCGCAGCGCAUGAUGCAGAAGGAGGGCUUCGCGAAGGAGGACGCAGCCCGCAUCAUCCAGCGCUACUACCGCACGCAGAAGAGCAAACACAACAGCAACCGCGAUGCGAUGGCGGCAGCGGUCGGAGCGGCAUCGGCGGCGGCGGCGGCCGGCCGGAAGGGUCCGGCGCCGCAGCCGCAGCCGAAACCGCUCACCACCAAGGACCAGCAGAUGGAUCUGAUCGCGUUCUCGCAGAACGUGCACAUGCUCAACCAGGAGGUGCACAAGAACCUGCGCGUGAACAAGGCGGGCGUACCGCUGGACGCGAUCGAGAAGCUGCCGAGCGACUACCGGCGGCCACCUGGGUUCGUGCUCGUGCCGGGACUGCUUGGUACCGUGCCGGGCGGUGACUGUGCCAAGUACAGCUCGCUCCGCAGCGUCGACUGCGACCACGAGAUGACGAAGGAAGUGAUACAAAGAACGCCACCGCCCGCAGCGGACUUUGACGACAUCUCCCCGUGGGACAUGCCGUUCUACGAGGUGGAGCGCAACCUGCGCUCGCAAAGGCAGCGUAAUAUGCAGCAACCGCCGCAGCGCAUCGACAUCAACCGGAACGACAUCCUGGGCGACCGCAAGAUGGAGCUGAGCGACCGGAAGCUCUCGAGCAACUGGCACCAGGCGUUCCAGGGGACGGACGGCACGACGCCCCAGGACAAGUUUAAGGGUCUCGCAAGAUCGCCGCAAAAUCAAAACGAACCGGCCCACAUCCGUAGCAUUCCAGCGUUCAGCUAUCUCAAUCCGAACAAUCAACAGAUCCUGCGCUAUUCGCCGAACCAGCACCGCGACGCGUCCGGCGAGCCAACGACCGGCCACGCGCCACCCCACCCGAGCCCGGUUCGCCAGUCGCCGGUCGAGCAGCCGACACGGGAAGCAUCAACACCGCCCACUCGGCUCGGCCUGCUCGGGCUCGGUGGUGGCGGCGGCGCUGGCAAGAAGGCGGCGAAGGCAGAGCUGAAGGCACGCGAGAAAGAGAACAAGGAGCGCAAAAAGCGCGAAAAGAAGGCCAAGAAGGAGAAGGAAAAGGCGGCCGCUAAUGGGCUGACGCCGUCGUCGACCUCGUCAUCCGGCGGGUCGGCCGCCUCGUCCGGUGCGUCCUCGGGCGAGAAACAGCGCAAGGAGCCGGCCGGAAGGAAGAAACGCUCCGAACAAAAGGAGCAACAGCAGCAGAUUGUGAGUCGGUUUGCGGGUGUGGACGACCAGUCGCUGCACGAAUACCACCAACAGUACCAGCAGCAGCAGCAGCAGCAGCAACAGCAACAAGUACCUCAGAAGCGACUGAUAGAGCAUCACGAGUAUCAGAACAUUUCGGAGGAGACGAAAAUUGACAGCAAGAGCCCGGUGAUGCGGAUGUUUGGCGAUACGAACUUCCUGGUGAACCAUCGGCGCAAGGCGGCCGAGCAGAAGCAGCAGCUGGCCCAGCUCCAGCAGGUCCAGCAGUACCACAAACAGCAGCAACAGCAGCAACAGAAAGCUCGUCAACAACAACAGCAGCAGCAGCAUCACCAUCAAGGUAACGGAGGGCCUCCGGGUUGGCGUCAGCAGGAGCUGAACUGUGGCCAGGGCGUUUGCGAACUCCUGAACGGGGUCUAUCGGUUCAGCCCACACGUCACCUCGUUCGCUCAGCUCGAUUCGAAGAGCGCCAGCAGCCUGUCGGACGAUCGGUCCACGCUGGACAAGGACUACCAAAACUUCAACGUGUCCAAGUACCUGAACAUCGACGUGAAGGGUCCGCUGCACCAUCAGCGCGACCGGGCUCGGGACAGCGGUGUGCACGAGCGGGACAUCAGCUCGAACAGCUCGAGCCUAAGCACGGGCAGCAGCGGCAUGAACUCGCUCAACUCGUUCGAUUCCGUCGAGCAGGCGAUCAUCUUCCAGAAGGACCGCAAUGCCGACUCGUACCUUGGGCCGUUCAACUUCCGCCAGCUGUUGCGGCCGACCCAGGGCCCGACCGAGUCGCUCCGCAAACGCAAGGGCAUCAAUCCACCGUCGCCGCCGCCGCCGCAGAGGGGCAAAAGUUAGGCAGGGAUUGCAGGACGCUCCCGGUUGGUCCGCCUGUAUGAUUGCCUAACAGUUAGCCUGCGCGCAACAAAUGCAACGAACCAAAGAAACGCGAGCCUUGUGCGAGGGGGAGCUCCCGGACAUCCGUCUGCCUCGCUACUUUAGGGCGGUAGUUAAGCAAAAGUGGCGCUCCCCUCCCUUUGACACGAAAGUUACACAAUGUGUUGCGCCUUGGAAGAAUCGAACGACAAAAGGAAAGGCCGCAAAGCUCGAAUCGCAGGAAAGUUUGCGGACAGAAGAAUGUUGGUGUUGGUUGAGCGUGUACACUUUUACCAUAGUUUAAAGAACCGGGCUACCAGCCCUUAUUGGUCGGUGAAAAUGCAACAGUUUUGUUGACGGUCGAGGCUUUGUGUGCCUGUCUCUCCCUCUAAUCUGCCCUCUAAUCUUUGUAAAAGGUAAUUUAUUUAUCGCACGGUUAGUUACCCUCUUCGUUACGACGCGGCUUCUGCGAUUGGCCGUGUGUUUCACACAUCACCAUUAUUUGUGUAAGCAAAUCCACCAGAAACAGGAUGUAAGUUUCCAAUUCGAGUGUAAGCAAAACUGUUUGAAAACAAUACACGCAAAGCGAAUUGCGUUGGCAAAAUUGUGCCAACAACACUGGGUAGUGAUGCAUCGCCGAAUAUAUGUAAAGAAAACGGCAUGGAAAGCAGGGACCGCGUUGCACUCGAUUGAGUAAAGAGCUUGAGCUGAGCUUGGUUAAGUUAGCAGAUAGUCGAUAACAGUACAAUUCAAUGAGGUAGAAGGGAGAUAAAUUUUCGGAUUAUAAAAGAAAGUCUGAAGAAGCGGAAAUAAGUAACGGAACGGCGGGUGUGCAA